ACUACAAGAGAAGCGUCGGAUGUUGCCUCUUCUAAAUGCGUAGCUGCUUUGGAGAAUAUGGACGAUAUGUGUCGCGUCAAAGUCAGGCAUUCAUCCAGGAAGUGUCCUCACGUCAGCUGAGUGGAGCCGUGACAGCUCGGCUAGCUGCCCGUCAGAGACGGCGUGAGACGGACGGCAGAGUUUCUCCACAAAUAUAAGUGAAGGAAACCAGCGAUGUAAACCAACGGUUGGGUGUGGAUUUGUAGUCGUUGUAGAGGAUCACCAGUCAACAUGCCUCUGAUACCAGUCGUGCCAGAGAACCACAGUCACAUACUGGCAGAGUUUGACUGCCUCGAUCCACUUCUGUCUGCUCUCCGUUUGGACUCGGGCCGGCUCAAGUGUACCUGUUUGGCAGUGUCAAGGAAGUGGCUCGCUUUAGGAACAUCAGCAGGAGGGUUGCACCUGAUCCAGAAGGAGGGCUGGAAGCAAAGGCUCAUCCUCACUCACAAGGAGGGAUCUAUCGCUCAGGUGGCUUGUUGCCCUCAUGAUGAAGACUUUAUCGCUGUUGCAACAAGUCAGGGUCUGGUGGUGGUGUGGGAGCUGCAGCUGGAGCGGCGGGGUCGUCCGGAGAGAGUGAGUGUGUCCUGGGAGCACAGAGGUCAGGCCAUCACUGCACUCUGCUGGGACACCAGCACGCUCAGAGUUUUCGUCGGGGACACGGGAGGCAAGGUGUCCUUCCUCCGUGCAGGAUCCUCCAAGAUGGGCAAGGGGUCAUCAUUCGUUAUCUUCCCCGUUCAGACCGUCACCACUGUGGACUCCAGAGUGGUUCAGCUUGGGUACCAAGAUGGUCGCCUGCUGAUAUCUUCCCUGAGCCGCUGCUACCUCUGUGACACAGAGAGGGAAAAGUUCUGGCGUGUUGGAAAUAAGGAGCGUGAUGGGGAGUAUGGAGCAUGUUUCUUCCCUCAGAACAGGGGAUUAUUAGUUGGUCAGCCCCCCCUGCUGUACUCUGCCCGGCCGGGGUCUCGAAUAUGGGAGGCCAGUUUCAAUGGUGAGGUUCUGAGCACCCAUCAGUUCAAACAGCCACUGGCCUGUCCUCCUCUGCCUCUCAUCACUUACAGAGAUGAGCCACAACAUUACAACCCAGUGCCGAAGAGCCCCCAGUCAAUCACCUUCCAGAAACUGCUUUAUUUUGGAGACCAAAACUUGCUGACCUGGACUGAUUCAGCUAUUUAUAUCUUCACACCUCAGAACGGACAAGUGCUUCUGUGGACUGAAGUCAAAGACUUGGUUGACAUCGCGGUCUACCGCAACGAGCUCUUCUGUCUCCACGGCAGUGGACGUCUGUCCCACCUCUCCCUGUUAUCUGCUGAGCGCUGUGUUGAGCGUCUGCUCCGGAGGGAGUCCUGGCCUCUAGCUGCUCUGGUCUGCUGCAUGUUCCAGCACACAAUCACCACCAGCAGGGCCAGGAAAGCUAUUCCCAUCGACCGCCUCGAACAUCUCAGGUCCCAGCUCAGCUCCAGCACGCACCUGGAUCUGACCGGCCAGCUGGAGGACGUCAUCACUAAACUGGAGCCUUUGGACUCCGCCUCCAGCAGCCGAAGAAGUAGCAUCUCCUCACAUGAGAGCUUCAACGUCCUCGACUGUGGAAUCUAUCGUGUGAUCAGCCGCAGAGGAAGUCAGUCGGAUGAGGAGACGAGCUCCCUCAUCAAUCAGUCCAUGUCAGAGGAGGAGCGGCUCAAAGAGUUCAGCUUUGUGCAGGAUGACGAUCCGGUGGAUCCUGAUCCACAGAGCAGUGAGCGUGUGGAGGCUGAGCGAUCUGAGCAAGGCCUGCCGUUCCACCUCCCCCUCUCAUUCCGUCCCAAACCCCCCCGCAUCGCUCUGCAGGCUGUCAAAGACAGUGUUUCUAGUUUUGUUAAGAAGACAACAGAGAAGAUCAACACCCUCCAGAUGAACUCUGAGCUCUGGCAACGGCCUGAAUUCAGGGACAGCGGACAUUCGGAAAUGUCAGCCUCAGCUUCCUACUCGGAGGAAAUGGACAAUGAAGUUUAUGAUGAAAUGCCAAACUCAGAGUCCGACAUGCAGGAACUUCGAUCAGCGACAGAGCGAGCUAUCUCCCAGAUCCAAGAUCCUUUGGUGCUCCUGGAUCCAUUCUGCCUGGGAGAAACUCUGCAGGACUGGCUGGUGGUGCUGGAGCGAAUACUCGGACCUGUAGAGCACAGGUCAGCUGCUGCGGGUGAUUCAAAUGUGGAUGAACCAGGAAAGGAGAGGUGGGAUUAUCUAAACUCCUGCUCAGAGCAACAAGAGGAGUCUUUGUUCUCGUCAGGAGAACCAACAGAGAGCAUCGCAGAGGAGAAGAGAGAAGAGUCUCGUGAGCUGGAAGAGAGAGAGGACCAGUGUGACUCCACUGAGAAGAAGCCGGACGUUUCAAAUGGGAGCCCUCCAGACCCUGUCCGAGUUGAGUCUCCCAAACCUGUACCAUCGGAUCUACUGGCUAAUCUCACCCAGCUGGCAACAUUAUACACAGAGAUGAGCUGCUUUAUAAACCAGGAGAAUAAAGUAUUGGGUUGCACAACUUUCCUGCGCCCUUACUUCUUUCUGCUGGACCACGAGCGUGUGAGGAGAAUGUGUCUGCUGUGUUAUCAGGAUCAGCCGGAGGUGCAGAGCUCCUUCAUCGAGGCCAUGCUAGGUCUCACUCAGUCCAGUAAGGUGGUGGAGGUUAUUCAGAGAGGUGAUUUACUGAGAUCACUGCGCAGUCUGAGAGAGCUGCAGCCCUGGAGUGCCCCUCCCCUCCUCGCUCACUUACACAGGCUGUAUCAGAAGCACGGCGAGGCGGCUGUACGCUCAUUUACACAGUUCUAUCCUACGAUAACUCCUGCUGAUGUAAUGACCAUGGCUCAACAAAGCCACUUCCUGGCGUACCUGGAUAAUCUGAUCCAAUCACAAACUGAGGAGCACAGGUUGUCAUUUUUGCAGUCCCUUCUUGAACCAGAAUCCCUGAGACAGGAUUGGCUGGAGCUGGCACUUACCCACGAUGCCCCUCAACGCUGUGAUACGCUGAGCUCUGAUGGACAGCCCAGGUGGCAUUCUCAUUGUUUCAGUUGGGGUUAUGGGCGCCUCCUGUCUCUCCUGAUUCAUCUUCCUGCUGACCUGUCCUCCAAGCAGAAGAUGGCAGAAACUUGCCGCAGUCACGGAUAUUGGACGGGCUACAUCUACCUCUGCUGUGAGCUGCGGUGUCGCAAAGAAGCGUUCGCCACCAUCUGUCGGCUGGAUGACAUCAGUCUGAUGGAGGAAGCUGAUGGUGUUGUGCCUCAGACCUUGGAAGAGUGGAAGCUCUUGAUCCAGUUAUCUCAGCAAUGCAGCAGUGAGGUCGACUCAGAGCAGGUCACAGGUGUGAAUGGGAGCAGCUGGUCCAACGGCUCGGCAGAUUGUGGUGGAAAGAUCAGCCCAGAGAACCUGACCCUGAUGCUGGCCCGAACAGCCGGGCCCGACCGCGCCAUGGCCGUCCUGGAGGAGUGUGGAGUGCAGUUGGUCCUUUCGCCACACUCCAAACUGGUCUGUGAGCUUCUGAGAGUCACUGAGAAGAGGCAGAGAGCAAUGAUCCAGACGAUGCUUGAGCGCUGUGAUCGCUUCCUCUGGUCUCAGCACGCCUAAAGAAAGAUCAGCUGCAGCUUCUCUACACCAAAUAACAUGACUAACACUGUAUGUAAAUCUGCCCAGUAACUGCUGCUGUAGCUGCAACGGAAGUUGUGCACUGUAUUAUUAUUAUUAUUAUUAUUUAUAAAACGUUUCCAGUUUAAAUUAAGGUACAUAUCUUCCAGUGAAAACAGUAUUAUCGUAUUAACUUUUACUUUUACUUAAAUGUGUUUUUUGCAUGUACAGGACAAAAAUCAAGUAUCAACAAUUACAGUGAAAUGUCCAACCAACUGAUAUGUGAAUAAAAGUUCUGUAUUUUUAUUUUUUGUUUGUUUGUUAAAAGAACAAAAUGUUUCUGUUGGCAUGAUGAUAGUCCAGCCUGGUAAAUGUGUGUUUUUCCCAUCCAUGCACGUCAAUAAGAUUGGGGAAAGUCCACAUACCGAGCACCCAAUAAACACAAGAGUGGCUCUAAUCCAACCUGCAGUUUCCUUAAUAUUUGUGUGUUUCUGUUUAUUUCUGCACAGCAAAAGCUUAAAAAAUGGAAGUUUAAAUAUUUUUUCUUUACUUUAAAUGAUAAUGUAAUCCCAUAUGUCCCUAGUAUCCAGUCAUAUAGAUAGUUAGGGUUUAUUUCUUAAGGGUUGUGAGAGCAUUAAACCUAAAACAACCACCUAAAACAAUCCACAUAACUAGAAACCAUUAAAAAUAAGUUGGAAAGGCCGGUGAAAUGGCCUUUUAUCUUCCUGUAUUUCAAGUAUUUGUAUUUUCUUCAACAGGACAUUCUUGUGAAUAAAACAUUUCUACAUUUCAGAUCUUGAAUGUCACAUAAAGUGGAUUAUGGGUAAUGUGGUUCAACAGAGAUAAUAUUAAUAACAUCGUAAUGAAAUGGGACUGAUGACUAAUUUGAUGGUAUCACACACCUGGAGCAUCAAAGGGAAGACGCAGACAGCCUGGUGCUUCAUGUGUGAGACACAACCAAACUUUGAGUCACUUCCUCUACCCUGGUUUAACUGAGACCUUUCUGUUCCUUUUUUCAUCCUCAUCCCUGGUUCUUCAGUCAUUUCCCAGAAUCCUCAUCUUCCAGCUCACCCACCUGUCUGCAUCACUGGCACAGGGACGAUCAGAUUGAACAUGUGGCAAAGACAGACACACUUGUAAUGAAAAUGAAAGAUGUACUUUACAUGUCAUUGUGAAAUUCCCUCUGGCUGCUAAAUAAUAAUAAAUGAGCCCGUCUUUUCAAUCUGC